ACCUUCGCCCCUGUUUGGUGUCACCCACCAGCAGUGACGAUGGUGCCGUCCUGGCUGCUGGUGGCCCUGCUGGUGGCCCUGCUGGUGGUCUGGCUGAGGGAUGCAGUGGCUGCUGUCACCCGUUUCCGGGCCACCUGCCUGCAGCUGCGUCACUUCCCUCUGCCACCAUGGCGAAACUGGCUGCUGGGACACACCGGGAUGGCACGGAACACAGAGGAAGGACUGCAGGACGUGGAUAAGGUGGUGGCACAGUACCGUCAUGGCUGCCUCUGGUGGGUGUCCCCAUGGCUGCCAGUCCUCCGCCUCUUCCACCCCGACACCCUCCGCCCUGUGCUGAUGGCCUCAGCUUUCAUUGCCCCCAAGGACAAACUCUUCUAUGGGUUCCUCAAGCCCUGGUUGGGGGAUGGGCUGCUGCUGAGUCGUGGGGACAAGUGGGCCCGGCACCGGCGCCUGCUGACACCCGCCUUCCACUUUGACAUCCUCAAGUCCUACAUCAGCAUCUUCAACAGCAGCACCGACAUCAUGCACACCAAGUGGAGGGCUGCAGCGAAGGCAGCGGGGGGACCGGUGGGACGGAACAUGCUGGAGGACCUCAGCCUCCUCACCCUCGACACCCUCCAGAAGUGCAUUUUCAGCCAUGACAGCCACUGCCAGGACAUCACCCCAGUUUGGCCCCAUUGUCACCCCACGUCCCCACCACACACGAUGUCCCACGGGGAUCCACGCAGGCAGCGCAGUGAGUACAUCGCAGCCAUCCUGGAGCUCAGCACCCUGGUGGUACAGAGGCAGCAGCGCCUGCUCCAUUACACCUCGUGGCUCUACCGACUCUCAGCCGACGGGCGACGCUUCGCCCGCGCCUGUGCCACGGUGCACAGCUUCACUGCCAACGUGGUGCAGCGCCGACGCCAGGAACUCAACAGCCUUGGCCAUCAGGCAUGGCUGAAAGGCAACCAGGGACGGAGCAUGGACUUCAUUGACCUCCUGCUGCUCACCAAGGAUGAGGACGGCAAUACUCUGUCCGAUGAGGACAUCUCAGCCGAAGCUGACACCUUCAUGUUUGAGGGGCACGACACGACAGCCAGCGGGUUGGCGUGGCUGCUCUACAACCUGGCCCACCACCCACACUACCAGGAGCAAUGCCGUCAGGAGGUCCACGAGCUCCUCAAGGGCAGGGACGUGGAGGAGAUCGAAUGGGAGGAUCUGUCCCUCCUGCCCUUCACCACCAUGUGCAUCAAGGAGAGCCUUCGCCUGCAUCCACCCGUCACCGCCGUGUUCCGACGCUGCACUGAGGACAUUGCCAUGCGUGAUGGACGCGUCAUCCCCAAGGGGGUCAUCUGCAUGAUGAGCAUCUACGGGACCCACCACAAUCCAGAUAUCUGGCCUGAGCCUCAGGUCUACAACCCAAUGAGAUUUAGCCCAGAGAACAGCCAGGGACGGUCCCCAUUGGCCUUCAUUCCUUUCUCUGCUGGGCCCAGGAACUGCAUCGGGCAGAGCUUCGCCAUGGCCGAGCUGAAGGUGGUGGCCGCGCUGACCCUCGCACGCUUCGCCAUCAGGCCAGACCCGGCGAGGCCGGUGCGCCGCAGGACUGAGCUGAUCCUUCGAGCCGAGGACGGGCUCUGGCUGCAGCUGGAGCCGCUGUCGGCAAUGUCCUGAGGAGGGGGGAUGUGGGGACAGUCCUGUCCAAUGAGGAAUAAAUGGGGGCAAAGCUGA